GCAAUCUCCCUGGGGUGGCUCCACUUUGCAUUUGCACUCGACUACUUUGCUGCCUCCUCUGCAGCUGCCGGACCUGCUUCUGCUGCUGCUCAGGGAGAGCAUCUGGGGAUUACCUUGCAGACCACUGAGAAGAUGAGCUCAAGCUACUGGAGUGAGAUGAGCAGCAGCAGCUGUGGGACUCAGCAGUCCCCAGAGGUGCUGCCAUGCCAGCCCCAGCAUUACCACUGCUACCGUCAGUCAAGCCAAGCCCAGCAGCCUCCAGAAAAAAAUGUAGUGUACGAGCGAGUGAGGACUUACAGUGGGCCCAUGAACAAGGUGGUUCAGGCUUUGGACCCUGUCGGCUCAGGAGAAGUGCUCUCCCCUCUCAAAACUUCCUCCUCCUACCAAAGCUUGGUUUGGAGCGACCAUUCCCAGGAACUUCAUUCUCCAACUCUGAAAAUAUCUACUUGUGUCCCAGGCACUCUACGUAUAACCCCAAAUACUGAACAGGAACUCCAUUCUCCAACAGUCAAAGUUACUACAUAUCCUCAAACUACUAUAAGACGAUAUAUAGUGCAAAAUCCUGAACAGGAACCUCUGUCGCCAUUCCUAAGAGGAGGCCAUUUCUUUCCAGGAAAUAAUGUUAUUUAUGAAAAAACCAUAAGAAAAGUAGAGAAGCUAAAUAUGGAUCAGGAAUGCUAUCCUCAGGUUCAGUGCCAUCAUCACAUUGUUCAACAGCCCCAGAUCAUCCACUCUCCACACUGUGAACAAUCCCAUUCUAGUCAGAAAAUCCAAACCAUCACAGGAAGUGAUUCAGUUUCUACAAACACUGGCAUUGAACUGUGCCAUGGUGGCUCAAACCAUACACAUGAGCAGGUGAUAAUUCAGGAAGACAGCCCUGAAAAAUUGGAUCCCAAAUAUUUUGGAGAAUUGCUUGCUGAUCUAAGCCGCAAAAAUAUGGAUCUAUAUCACUGUUUAUUAGAACAUUUGCAGAGAAUUGGAGGAAGCAAACAGGACUUUGAGUCUAUAGAUGAGUCAGAAGACAUUGAAUCAUUGAUUCCAAAAGGAUUGUCAGAAUUUACAAAACAGCAAAUUCGCUAUAUUCUGCAGAUGAGGAAUAUGUCUGAUAAAUCUCUCCGACUAGUGCUCUCCACAUUCAGCAACAUACGGGAAGAGCUUGGACAUCUUCAGAAUGACUUGACAUCACUGGAAAAUGAUAAGAUAAGACUUGAGAAAGACUUGGCAUUCAAAGAAACUCAAAUUAAAGAGUAUGAAGAACUCUUGGCAUCAGUGAGAGCUGAUAAUCGCCAACAGCAGCAAGGACGUCAAGACUCAACCUCAAAAUGCCAAGCAUUGGAAGAAGACAAUCUCUCUCUUCGGCAUACGCUAUCAGACUUAGAAUAUAGACUAAAAGAACUGGAAUACUGUAAGCGUAAUUUAGAGCAAGAGAAUAAAAAUCUUAGAAUGCAGGUUUCUGAGACUUGCACAGGUCCGAUGCUGCAGGCUAAAAUGGAUGAGAUUGGCAACCAUUACACGGAGAUGGUAAAAAACUUAAGAAUGGAGAAAGAUAGAGAGAUCUGCAAACUAAGGACUCAAUUAAAUCAGUACCAAAAAGAUGUUUCAAGAAGAGAAGGAAGCUGCAGUGACUUCCAAUUCAAGAUUCAUGAACUGACAAGUUUGCUGGAAGAGAAGGAUUCCCUUAUAAAGCGUCAGUCAGAGGAACUCUCGAAGUUGAGACAAGAAAUAUAUUCAUCUCAUAACCAACCCUCCAGCAGUGGAAGGACAACUAUUACAACUAGAAAGUACAGGACACAGUAUCCAAUCCUAGGCCUCUUGUAUGAUGACUAUGAAUAUAUACCACCAGGUAGUGAUACACAAACUAUUGUUAUUGAGAAAACAGAAGACAAAUGGACUUGUCCAUGAAUGAAUCCCCAGCUCAAAGGAAUUUUUUGUGUCUUCAUUAGUACUUUAUUUUUUCAUAACUAAAGCCAAUCAAUAUUUUAAACCAUGCUACAACCCUGCAAGUCUAAUGGAAUUAAUUAUACAGAUGACAGUUUCUCCAGCCAUUUAUAAGGCCUGAAUCCUAUCACAUUCUUUUAUUCAAUAUAGCAACAUACUAAUUUUUAAAACUCAAUUACAAACUGUAGGACUUAAUCCACUCUUUUUCAAUAGGGUGCUUCCUAGACAGAGUUAAUUUUGUUGGGGUAGACAUUUUACAAGUUAUCUCACUAGAAGUUUUCCUAUGAUAUAGAGACUUCCCUGGUGGUUCAGACGGUAAAGCGUCUGUCUACAAUGCAGGAGACCUGGGUUCAAUCCCUGGGUUGGGAAGAUCUCCUGGAGAAGGAAAUGGCAACCCACUCCAGUAUUCUUGC